GCUUGCGCGGGCGUGGUGGGCACCCAGCCAGCCCUCGGGGCGCGGGUGUCCGGGCCUUGCUCGGCUCCUUGGCGGGGCAGGAAGCGGGGAGAUGGCCUGGCCCGGCCCCUGAACGGAAGGGGGCUUCUUCUUGCCUUUGGGCGCCGGAGGCCUUUCUGCGCCAGGCUCCGGGCGCCCGACCGGCCGCCGGAUAACGGCCUGGCUCUGGUAUUUCUGAGCCGGGCGUGGCCGGCAGCCGGUGGGGCACGUCCUAGUGGAGAUGCGAUCGUGGUACCUGCGAGGCGGCCAGGGUUCAGGUGGCUGCCAACCACGCCUGCUCCGAGGCCGAGAGCCAGGUGCGCCCACCCAGCGCUCCUCCUUCCGAAUCUGGCCCUGGAAUGGGAGAAGCGAAAAGAGGAGCCCUGGAAUUUUGAGCUGGCAUGGAUAUCUAAAUACCCUUCCACGCUUUUACAGAAGAGGAAGUUGAAAUCAGAGAUGGAAUGACUUUUCCAAGGAUGGCGUUAGCUCUGUGUCUGCAGGUGCUAUGCAGCCUGUGUGGGUGGCUCUCAUUGUACCUUUCUUUGUGCUGCCUGAAUAAGCACCGAAGUUAUGAGUGGAGCUGCCGGCUGGUUACGUUCACACAUGGAGUCCUCUCUAUUGGCCUCUCAGCUUACAUUGGCUUCAUUGAUGGCCCGUGGCCUUUUACCCACCCAGGCUCACCCAAUACGCCUCUCCAAGUACACGUUCUUUGUCUCACCUUGGGCUACUUCAUCUUCGACUUGGGCUGGUGCGUCUACUUCCAGUCUGAGGGCGCCCUGAUGCUGGCUCACCACACACUGAGUAUCUUGGGCAUCACUGUGGCCCUGGUGCUUGGAGAGUCGGGCACAGAGGUCAACGCAGUCCUCUUUGGAAGCGAGAUUACUAACCCCUUGUUACAGAUGCGCUGGUUUCUCCGUGAAACAGGGCACUACCACAGUUUCACUGGAGACGUGGUAGACUUCCUCUUUGUGGCUCUGUUCACUGGAGUGCGAAUUGGUGUAGGAGCUCGCCUCCUUUUCUGUGAGAUGGUUUCAUCCAAGCCCAAGUGGUUUGUGAAGGCUGGGGGAAUAGCCAUGUAUGCUGUGUCUUGGUGUUUCAUGUUUAGCAUCUGGCGCUUUGCAUGGAGGAAAAGUAUCAAGAAGUACCAUUCCUGGAGAAGCAGGCGUGGUGAGGAGCGGCAGCUAAAACAUAACGGACAUCUCAAGACUCACUAGCCAAGGCUUGCUCCAGAUAACAGAUUAGGUUAAGCUGGCUCUGGGAACCAGGUUGAAAAUAUGGUUGUUAAGGAAUCGUACUUACAACACACUUAGGUUUCAGGAAAAGGGCUAACUUUAUUGAUCAGUUUGGUCAGUCUUUGAGCCAAGCAUGUACCAAUAUUAAAGCACUAAUUUCUACAGUGGCACAGAUAUAGAUGGUGAGAAUAUGCAGUGGUGAUCAUGAAUAAAAGAACUUUUUGGUGAGCAGUACCGCACUCAUUUUAGUUUGUAGGGACUCUAGGUCCUUUUGUUACUGGGAGGCUUAAUAUUCAGAUAGCUUAGAAAGGAAGUUGAAAAAGAUUAGUGCUAUUUCUUCCUUGUUCCUUUGAGAAGUGACUCCUUCAACAAACUCUUAUUCCUGUUUUCCAUGUACUGAUUUAAAUAAACUCAGCACAUUUACUAUAAAAUGACUUUCAAGACUUUCAAGAAGACACAUGCCUUUGGCAUUCUGAGCACUGGAACAGGGAGCUAAUCUUGCCCUCUCUUUAAACAAAGGGGAUAGAAGGAUGGGAGAAGGAUAGGAGUGAAACCAGCAGUGGUCGUGGGAAAUUUACUGAAUGCUCUAAACCAACUGUGUUGGGUCCUAAGACCAUCCCCAGGUUCAAUGAUAUGCUUGAAAGACCCACAGGACUUAGCAUACAGUCGUGCUUAAGGCUAUGGUUUAUUAUGGCAAAAGGAUACAAAGAAAAAUCAGCAAAGAGAAAAGAUGCAUGUGGCAAAGUCCACAGGAAAUGAAGUGCAAGCUUCCAGAGUUCUCCCAGUGGAGUCACACAGGAUGUGUUUAAUUCCUCCAACAACAAGUUGUGACAACGUGUGUGAAAUGUCUACCUGGGAAGCUCAUUAGGGACUCAGUGCCCGGGGUUUUUACUGGGGACUGAGCACUUAGGCAGCCUCUGCCUGGCAUGUACCAUAAUUCCGGAUUCCCAGGAGGAAAGCAGGUAUUCAGUAUAAAUCAUAGUGUUUGCACAAACAGUUUAGGCACAGGGAGCCACUCUUACCAGUUAAUUGUGGGAACCCUCCUGAAAUCUAAGUUCCCAGAUGCCAGCCAAGGGCCAAACUUGCAAGCAGGCCUCUCCAAGGUUAGCAGUACAGGCCUGCUAUGUUAACUCUUCUCUGCAGAAAAACUCUAUAGCUAGGGUAUUGGAUGUGAGAUGAAUGUGAUGUGGGCAGAUUUACUGAGUCUUGUUGUACAGGUUCUGCCCUACCAGGAAAACUGUAUGCCAGUUCUCAGGGCUUUUGUGCAUUAAUCUCCUAGGCAUGAGAGGCUAUGACUAAAUUCCAUAGGGCUUUACCAUAUGGAUUCCACUGUGUUUGAGAUGGCAGUUCAGGUUUCAGCUUUGCUGUACAUACUACAAACUAGAACCAAAGACUUUAGAGAGUGUGUACUGGCCUCAGGGUAAUAAGGCUAUUUUUUUGUUUUUGUUGUUCCUUUCACAUAUUUUCCCUUUUAGUCCUCUUACUUUUUCUUUCUCUCUUAAGAAGGUACCACUCUCUUUGGACACAAUUAUUUUGACCAGACUAAUCUUGGAAUGAAAAAAAAAUUUUUUUUCUUAGAGUCUCUAAUCUCACCUAGAAGAAAAAAGAAUAUAAGCUUAGAAUGGGGGGUUAGGAAUCAAGAAUUCUUAGGUUCUUUAAUUUUGCUACUCACUCACCAGAUUAUUUGGGCAAGCCACUUGUUUACCAUUUGCCUCAGUUGAAAUCCUUUUUUGAAUGAAGGAAAUACACCAAUGUGUAUUCAUAGAGACAUUGUAUGGCAUUUUAUUAAUGGAAGUCUUUAAUGUUUGACUUUUAUGAAAAAGCAAAGUAUUAUGUUGGUAUGUAUGUAUGUUAUAUAUUAUUUAUUUAACUAUAUUAUUUAGACCAGUGGGUGUCUAACUAGCUCAAUUGGUAAGCAAGUGUAUGGUGCUUAUUGAAAUCAAGCUUGAAUGUCAGUAGAAUGUCAGUCCAUUCCAUGUCACCAUAAUACUAACCUAAUGAGUGUCUUGAAAAUGGAUGUUUCUAUGGUUGGCCUUAGAAACAGGCACGAGAAAUGGCUGGAACUGCACAAAGUCAUCCUAUGGGAAAAGAACCUUUAAAGGCAUGUUAACAGUGGUUCUUUUUAAAUCACUGUCAUUUGGUUAGUUUUACUGGGCAUUGACACAAUCUGACAGAUAGUAUCUCUGCCUCUUAUUUCUAUCAUCAGUAUCCCUAAGAUGCUGGUGAGCUUCUUCCCAACAAAACUGUGGUCAAAGUAGGAUGCUGGGAAAUGCUGAUUUUAGCAAAAGCCUAGUUAAAAAAAGAGUGGCUUGGCGCAUGAGCUUAAAAAAGAAAGAAAAAGAAAAAGCUGGCUCUUGAAUUUUGGCACAGUGCAACCUGUUCCAUACUGGAGAAAUGAACAGGCUUAAUCUGGUACCAGUUCUUUUCUCUUGCCUCCUCAGAAGUGAAGGGAUUGUUGAUCUUGCCAUUUUGGGGCAUUCUCAUGGGAAAGUACCUAGUUUUGUUUUUUUUUUUAAAAAAAAAAACGAUGAGAAAUUUGAGUAAGGGAAAAGGAAUCCCUCAUUUCAGCUUUUCUUGACAUUGUAACUAAUAACUAUGAAGAAACCUCUCAGAGAAAAAUGUGAAAUGAAGAUGACUCAGCAGUUAAGAUGCUGAGUUUUUACAUCACAGGUAAAUGAAGGGCUAAUUAAUCUGUUGUAUGGUUGGACAAAAAGUACUCAUUUGCAUUUGGAUUACUAUGUAAUAAUUACUAACACUGCCCAAGAAAGAUUUAUGUAUAAAUAAGAUUUGUACUAAAUUUUUAAAAAAUA